AUGUCUGCCUACCAAUCUCCUUCCCACCCCAAGCAGGGCCACGCUGCGGUCCCGCGACAGUUCCCCGCGUUCAACCCGGUCGGCAGUCAUCGCGUGGUGGUGGAAAAAUACCUGUCCGAGGGUGGCUUCGCUCACGUUUACGUGGUGCGGCUGUCACACCCGAUCAAUGGCACGGAUACCGCUGUGCUGAAGCGGGUGGCCGUCCCCGACAAGUCGGCUCUGGCCAACAUGCGCACCGAGGUAGAGACCAUGAAGAAGCUCAAGGGACACCGGCAUAUUGUCAGAUAUAUCGAUUCGCAUGCUUCGCAGUUGCAAGGAGGCGGAUACGAAGUUUUCCUGCUCAUGGAGUAUUGCGGGGGCGGUGGUUUGAUUGACUUUAUGAACACGCGGCUCCAGAACCGGUUGACGGAAUCUGAGAUUGUCAAGAUCUUCUCGGACGUGGCUGAGGGAGUGGCGUGCAUGCACUACCUUAAGCCGCCCCUGCUCCAUCGAGAUCUCAAGGUAGAGAACGUGCUGAUCUCGCGCUCUCAAGGCUCGACCAUCUAUAAGCUGUGCGACUUUGGAUCCUCGGCACCUCCCCGUCCAGCUGCUACAUCAGCUGCUGAAGGCCGCUUGAUUGAAGACGAUGUGCAGCGGCACACGACAAUGCAGUACCGCAGCCCGGAGAUGAUUGAUGUUUACCGAAAGCAACCAAUUGACGAGAAGAGCGACAUCUGGGCGCUGGGCGUGUUCUUGUACAAAUUAUGUUACUAUACGACUCCGUUCGAAGAGGUUGGGCAGAUGGCCAUCCUCAACGCGAGUUACAAAUUCCCCGCAUACCCUCAGUUCUCAGACCGGUUGAAGAUGUUGAUUGCCAUCAUGCUCAAAGAGAAUCCACAAAAGCGUCCGAAUAUAUACGAGGUGGUCAAGGAGGUUUGCGACAUGCAGAAGAAGGAAGUGCCCAUCCGCGAUAUCUACUCCAAUCGAUCUCUCUCCGAAGCGCGGCGGAAUCAAGAACUCCCCCCAACGCCAACGGAAGCACCUGCAGUGGGCGCCACGUUCUCGCCUCCUAUGCAAGAGACUGAGAUCAUUCCCGAGAUCGCACCUAUGCGAAGAGGCCGGCCUGGAAAGCCUCAAUCAUCUACACAUAGCUCUGCCAAACCAAGCCCUUCUCCAUACCGAGGUGGCUCCAAGGCUUCAUCUCACGACCCCUUUGCGGCACUGGACGGAGGUCCAAAGAAGAAUCCGGAUGAGCUGUCGAAUCGAUUCCCUACACUGGACCAGUUCGAUAUUCUGCACGAGAAGGGAGACAAGUUUGAGUUUGAGCCAACAGUGAAGGAAACCAAGUCCGAGGACGAGGACCUUUCGCAGAGACUCACCAAUGCGUUGGCUGAUGAUGCGUUUGCACGACAGCCCUCUCCAGAGCGACAAGCGCCUCCUGCAGAUCGGCGAUCGCAGAUUUCUCCAGUCCGUUCACAGAAGCCUCAAGAAGUGGCUACUCGGCAACAAGCUCCACUGUACCAGCCCACUCCUAAGCGGCCUGCAAUGGUCUCUACGGGCACGAUGACCUCUCCAUCUCAGACACCCCGUCUGCAAGAACCGAAGAUUUCCAACCGACCAAUCUACCGCUUCCCACCUCCUGAGCAUGAGCGAAGACCCUCCAGCCAGCCCUGGACCGAGGAGGAACAAAAACGCUCUAGGUACAAGGCUCCAUCGCCGCCGUCAGCCAGUUUGAGACCAGCAGCCAGCCCGCGGCUAUCUUCUGAUCGUUUAUCCCAUCAGUCCAAUUCCGCACGCCCCUCCAUGGAGAUCCUACGACGGCCAUCUGGCUUGGAGGCAACUGAUCCAGUCGGUCGGUCCAAGUCUGCUAUCGCGAAAGCGCGCCCUGUUUCGGUUCAGGCUUCAUCUCGUUAUGACCUCCCGCAUGACUCGGAGACGUCACGUUCCUCCUUGGAUCUCCCGCAUAUGCAAUAUGAAGGCGGUGCUCCUCUCCGACCAGUGCGCACAGAGAUUGAUCGGGACUAUGAGCGAGCCAACAUCUCCUCCGAUGUGGACUAUCUACGAGCGAAAGAAGAAGAGGAAAGCAACCGCAAGCGAGAAAAACGGUCCAGCAGCGCAAGACUUUGUUUGCUGGCCGUUUCGGCGAAGCGUUCCGCCGUUUCGAAAGCACAAACCAGGAAAAGGCUUCCCCCAACGGCGGAAGAAUAUCCUCAGCACCACAAGGCUUUGACCAAUGAUUCGGACGCUUUGGACUCGCCACCAAAUGAGGGCCUGUCGUCAUAUGAAGACGACGUGUUGGAAGAUGUGGACCGCGAUGAUAUCUCCCCGGAAAUGCGCCGCGAGCUCGAGCGCCGCCGCCUCUCUCAGGAAGAGAAACGCGUUGCUAAUGCUGCUGCAGAGUAUAGGCGCCGGGUCGCCGAGGGUGAUGGAAGCAGUCAGCAUCGAUCUCGCGCGAUUCUGAACCGGGUGCAGACUUUCAUUGGCGAAUCCAACAAAUCCCAUGUGGCUCCCAAGACUGCAACCGGGUAUGGGAAGUACACCGAUGGUAAUGCUUUGCAGGCAAAGCAAGGUGGCAGUGACAACAAACUCCCAUCACCGAACACAGUCCCCAUCUCGCGUAACCCCGGUCCCAUUUACGGUGCUCGUGAAGGAACCACGGCGCCUCCAGACCGCCGCGAGGGUGCCAGUGCUCCUGCGGGUCUGCCCCAGUCUGCCACCUCCAAUUCUGCUGGAUACCCAGCUGCUCGUCAGUCGUCACGACCUACGGCCCCGCCGAAGCCAAAGAAUCUGCGUGUCGGCGGACAGGACUCAUCCCGGCCUAGCACCAGCCAAGACCACAGCCCCUCCGUCCAGGCGACACCGACGAGUCCUGGAGGAGAAGAUUGGGAAGCUAACUUCAGCCGGCGGUUCCCGAGUCUGUCUGGUCUAGAGAUGGAGACGGAGAUUGAGGUUCCGAAAUACCCUAAGCUUAGAACCCGGGAGGUUUAG